UUGUUUCACAACAGAGACUGGAAAAUUUAUUUAUUAAUCCAUGUGAAUCGAAAUUAAUAAAUGUUGCCGUUGUGAAAAACACAACAUUGCAGAGGCAUGGACGGGAAAAAAUAAUCAGAAAGCAUGACAUAGAUAGAAAAGUUGCAUGUUUGCCUUAUGAUGGGAAAUAUGUGCUGUUUCCUUUGCUGCAUGGAAUUGAAAGGCAAUAUUAGGAUAAGAUGGACAAGAAGUGGGUAAGAGCUGUGUGGAGAGAGGAUGAAAAAGAGAUGGAGCUUGCCAUACCCAGUGUAUGGGUUGAAGGAAAUCGCAUAAGAUGGCCAAAUACAUCAAAUGCAAAAUCUGCACUCAAAGAAUGCAAGAAACCUGCUGACAAAUGGCUUUCAUUUGAUCUGAUAAAGAUCAAGUUUUCAUCAGACGACUAUCGAGAAUGUGAGGACUAUGAUGAGACGACAGCGGUGGAAUCUGAGUGUGACUCAGAACCAGUAAUGAAAAGGAAACCAAAAAAGAAGGUCAUGAGUGACUUUAUUAUGGAUUCUGCUGAAGACAAUUCAUCAAUAAAAAUGCAGAAGAAGUUACCUGUAGCAGCACCAGUUAUGCCGCCAAAACCACCCCAAAAAAUCUCUUCUAAAAAAAACCAAGACCAGUCAUCACUUCAGUCGUCCAGGUCUCGAUCACCUUCACCUUCUACUAGAGAUGAAAUGGAAACCAGACGUAGCAGGUCUAUUACACCAAGCAAGUCCUGGGCUAGUUCAAACAGUCGGGAGAGCUCGAUGAAUAGGUCGAUGUCACCAAGAAGUCCCAUUCGCUCAACACAAAGGUCCAGAAUUUCAACAUCCAGAAGUCCAAUUCGCUCAACACAAAGGCCCAGAAUUUCAACAUCCAGAAGUCCAAUUCGCUCAACACAAAGGCCCAGAAUUUCAACAUCCAGAAGUCCAAUUCGCUCAACACAAAGGUCCAGAAUUUCAACAUCCAGAAGUCCAAUUCGCUCAACACAAAGGCCCAGAAUUUCAACAUCCAGAAGUCCAAUUCGCUCAACACAAAGGCCCAGAAUUUCAACACCCAGAAGUCCAAUUCGCUCAACACAAAGGCCAAGAAUUUCAACAUCCAGAAGUCCAAUUCGCUCAACACAAAGGUCACGAAUCUCAAGGUCCAGGAGUCCUGUUCACUCUUUGAACAGCUCAAGAUUUUCAAGAUCAAAAAGCAGAGACAGGCAUCACAAUAGGUCAAGGCACUCUAUGUCACAAAGCAGUGAAAGGUCAACCCUGAGAAGAGAAAGCCCAAAAAGACUUAACAAAGGAUCUGAACAUUCCAGGAGCUAUGAUAGGCCUUGUAGCAGGUUAAGUGUAGAGAGCACCCCAACACUUCCAUCUCUUUCUAAGCGAAAGCAGCAUCAGUCCUCAACAGACUCCUUUCCCAUGACCGAAGAAAGAUUUCAGAGAAGAGUCCUCUACCUUCUUGUUGAAAUAAGAGACCUUCUUAAGAGUCCAGUAACAACAGCUUCAAAUACAGAAGACGUUGAUCUUGUUACCAUAGACUCAGAAGAAGGAUUUGAAGCCUUAGACAGAAGACUUGAAAACAGGGACUUUAAAGCCAGCUUUAAAUUCUUGCUUCAAAAGAUUGGAGGUACAGAUGGUACUGACCACAUGAAGAAAGCAAUGUUAAGAACUAUGACAAACUCGUACAUGGCUGGUCUAAACAUGAAGGGAAAACGGGGAAAGAAAGCUUUUGGUUCCUCCCAACUCUACCUCCUUAUAAAAGAAACUGUAUUGACAUCUCAUACACAGUAUACAGAAUCAAAAUUCAAUGAAGAUUUGGCUAAAUUCCUAAAAUAUGCCCCGGAGCGUGUGGGAGGAGGUGGAAGAAGGAGAAGAGAUUGACUGUUUUUCACGUUCACUUGACCAGAACUAAUGAUUUUACUCUUUUUCAUCUUCUUAAACUAAUGUUUUUGUGAAAAGCUGGCUACAGAGGUGAGCUAGGUUAUUCAU